AUGAGCGGCUGUGUAGCGAACUCCCAUUACCUCGGCGACCCAGAAGUUUUCAAAUCCGUAUUUCGCGUCUUUUUAUGUAUAGGUGUUCCUAUUCAUACUUAUGGAUCAUGGUGCAUACUUUUCAAAACUUCAUCUAGCAUGCUUCCUGUUAAAAACUACUACUCUGGAACCACAUCUUAGGCGUUCUAAUGGAUUUAAGCAUAAGCGUAGCUUUCAUACCAUAUCUUUUACCUCAUACUUUUUCAAUUUAUGCUUUGGGAGUUAUUGACAACACAGAAAUUCAAGUGUUCAUAGUUUUAAUAAUUAUUGCAAUGGACGUAAUGUCGAUAUUGAGCAUUUUUGAAAAUCGAUAUCAUAUAUUAUUCGGAAAGUAUAGCAACCCGUGGUGGUGCGAAAUGCGAAAAUAUUUUUUGUCUGCAAAUUACAUGUCUACCGUGUUCUUUGUUUUGCCAAUGGCUUUCACAAUUCCAGAUCAAUCCAUUGGUUUGCAAAAAAAUCAGGAACAUCUCUCUUGUGUUCCGGAAAGUUCAAUAUAUAAUCGUCAACUUUUUGUAUGUGCUUUUGAUUUGAGACUAGCAAUGAUUUCUUUGGGGUACCAAUCGUUAUUAUUGUCGUUUGAAAUUAUCACAUUUUUGGUCAUAAUCAUCACAAAAUUGUUCCGCCGCGGGAAAAGUAGUACCGCUAAAGUAUCAAAUAGAACUCAAAUUUUACAAAAGAAAUUUGCCCUUGCACUUAUAAUUCAGACUUCCGUUUCAAUAUGUUGUCUUAUGGUGCCAGUUAUUUUUUACUAUCGGGCUUAAUAUUUGAUUUUGGCAAUCAGAACUUGAUUAAUUUGUCUAUUGUAACUGGUGCAACCCAUGGGAUGUGGUCUUCUAUUGUGAUGAUCGGUGUUCAUCAACCUUAUCGUGAAGCCACGAAAAAUUUGUUUUACCGCUCAUCUCAACGGGAUUCGUCCAUAUUAGUCAGCUGUGCAGCCGUUGGCUUGAAUCCUAAUUAA